AUGGCAUCUUUGCCCGAUAUUAGCGCUCUCAACAAGUUGUCUGCUGAAGAGCAGACCAGGGUCCUCGAUGCCCUCUUUGAGCCGAGUCCCGCGAUCCAUGCACUUAUCCUGCCCUCCAUCUCGGCUGCUUCAUUUCAAUCUUAUGACGAAUUUAUCACACAUUGCCACAAGAUCUUCGAAGCACUCACGGCUGACCCGUCUCACAAGGCGGAGCUUCACUCCAUCAUCGGCUCACAUCCUCGCCUCGGUGCCAAGAAGGUAGAGAGUGCUCAGUCCGCUGCAGAGCAGGCGCAGCUACAAAGCGGUGAUGCUACCGAAUUGGCUGCUCUGAACGCCAAGUACGAGGCGAAGUUCCCGGGUCUGCGUUAUGUUGUGUUUGUCAACGGCAGAGGACGUCCAGAGAUCAUGGAGAACAUGCGCGAACGUAUCUCACGCGGUGACUUGGCAGCGGAGGAGCGUGCUGCUGUCCAAGCCAUGUGCGACAUUGCUAGAGAUAGAGCUGCCAAGCUUCAGGCCGUUUCGCGAUGA